UUUAUGUAAGGCUCAGUUUCUGACCAUCCGACAGCAGCCCGCAACCAGCUAAGUUGGGUGUGCGGCUGAAUUCAAGUUUCCGCCCUGGGUCUCCCUCCUUGCAGUUCUGGAAGCUGCCGGUCUUUGAAACAUAAGAUUUGUCGACUCCAGCUCUGCCAGUGCUAUUAGAAGUAUUAUUAUCUGCUUCCCUGCAGCCAAUCCGGGCUGUGGAAACCUGAUGACAGCAUGAGCUAGGGAACAGCAAGGAGGCACUGAAGCAUCCCAGCUAUUAAUGCUGGUUUGGAGGUCAGGAGUGGCUUUUGGGGGAACGAAGACCCUUGGAUGGACUAAGCCAGGAACGUGCCUUCCUCUGGUGUCCCCCCACCUCCUCUCUCGUGCAAGCCUAGGCAGGGCAUCUGUUCCUUGGGGUCUUUUUCUUUCCUGCCGAGAGGUGGAUGGUUUGGAAGCAGUAUGACAGGACACACUGCAGGGGAAGAGAAUUGCAUGGAAAUCACAUGAAUAUAGUUAAAUAUUUAUGGAGAUUCUCAGUCAUCCAGGUCAUGGUUGUCCCCCAGCUCUGAAGAAGCUUCUUGGAUGAGAAGCGAAAUGUCUCAAAGAAAAACCAGAAGCUGUGAGAAUUGCUGAAGAUGUCUGAAAGCCUGGAUACUGAAGAAAAACCUCCUGCGCCUCCUUUGAGAAUGAACAGUAACAAUCGUGAUUCUUCGGCCCUGAACCACAGUUCCAAACCGCUUCCCAUGGCACCUGAAGAGAAGAACCGGAAAGCUCGCCUGCGCUCCAUCUUCCCUGGAGGAGAUAAAACCAAUAAGAAGAAAGAAAAGGAACGUCCUGAAAUUUCUCUCCCUUCAGACUUCGAGCACACAAUCCAUGUUGGCUUUGAUGCCGUCACUGGGGAAUUCACACCAGCUCUCUGUGGCUCACAGAUGUAUACAGGGAAACUCUCUGAGGGCAUUCCUGAGCAGUGGGCCAGGCUAUUACAGACUUCCAACAUUACCAAACUGGAACAGAAGAAAAACCCACAAGCUGUUCUGGACGUUCUCAAAUUCUACGAUUCCAAAGAGACGGUCAACAAUCAGAAAUAUAUGAGUUUUACAUCAGGAGAUAAAAGUGCCCAUGGCUAUAUUGCAGCCCAUCCCUCGAGCACGAAAACAGCUUCGGAGCCACCACUGGCUCCCCCAGUUUCUGAAGAAGAGGAUGAAGAAGAUGAAGAGGAGGAGGAUGACAAUGAACCACCCCCUGUGAUUGCCCCACGCCCAGAACAUACUAAAUCAAUUUACACACGUUCAGUGAUAGAGCCUGUUGCUUCACCAGCCUCAGUGAAAGAGUCAACAGUCCCCCAGCCUGAAAAUUCAAACACAAGCACUUUGUAUAGAAACACAGAUCGGCAACGGAAGAAAUCCAAGAUGACCGAUGAAGAGAUUCUAGAGAAAUUAAGAAGUAUUGUGAGUGUUGGAGACCCGAAGAAGAAAUAUACACGGUUUGAAAAAAUUGGCCAAGGGGCUUCGGGUACUGUUUAUACAGCAAUAGACAUUGCUACAGGGCAGGAGGUGGCAAUAAAGCAGAUGAAUCUGCAGCAACAACCCAAAAAGGAAUUAAUCAUCAAUGAAAUUCUGGUCAUGAGGGAAAAUAAGAAUUCCAACAUUGUGAACUAUUUAGAUAGUUACCUUGUUGGAGAUGAACUCUGGGUUGUAAUGGAGUAUUUGGCUGGGGGUUCCUUGACAGAUGUGGUUACAGAAACGUGCAUGGAUGAAGGACAAAUUGCUGCUGUCUGCAGGGAGUGCCUGCAAGCAUUAGACUUCUUACAUUCAAACCAAGUGAUCCAUAGAGACAUCAAGAGUGACAACAUACUUCUUGGGAUGGACGGAUCUGUGAAACUCACUGAUUUUGGCUUCUGUGCUCAGAUAACUCCUGAACAGAGCAAGCGGAGUACAAUGGUGGGGACACCUUACUGGAUGGCUCCUGAAGUGGUCACAAGGAAAGCAUAUGGCCCCAAAGUGGACAUUUGGUCUUUAGGAAUCAUGGCAAUAGAAAUGGUAGAAGGAGAACCUCCGUAUCUCAAUGAGAAUCCUCUCAGGGCCUUAUAUUUGAUAGCUACCAACGGGACACCAGAACUCCAGAAUCCUGAAAGACUUUCCGUGGUUUUCCGGGACUUUUUGAACCGCUGCCUUGAGAUGGAUGUUGACAGGCGAGGGUCUGCGAAAGAACUCUUGCAGCACCCGUUUUUAAAACUGGCCAAGCCGCUGUCCAGCCUGACCCCCUUGAUUAUUGCUGCAAAAGAAGCUAUAAAGAACAGUAGCCGCUAGCCUCUCGAAUAGCACAGGCCCGUUCUUUUUGUGGCAGGACUGAACACCAGACCAACAACUCUGUCACACCUUGGACUCUCUUGUGGCCAGACGGGCAGGCAAUGAGCGACAUUGUCAUUGUUAACGGGGGGAAGGGAAGCAGGAAUGACCUGUCCCACUGCCCUAGAGGAGACAUCACUGAUCACAUCUCUUCUUUCCACUCUUGAGAAUCCCUUAAUUUAUUUCUGAGGUGAAUGGAAGCUUUUGGAGCAGGAGCUAGACUGGACGUUUCUUUUGCUCUGUGCGGUGCUUCCAGGGGACCACAGCACUGCAUGACUCAACUCACUGGGACAGGAGUGGUGACCCCCCCCUCCAAAUAGUUCUCCUUUCUUUUUUGUUUGACUUUCUGCUUCAGCUUACCAAGAAGAAUCCAAACUGUUCACUAGCUCCUGGUCAGCUGGCUUUGGUUCUAAGAAGAAGAGAAUCACAAAGGAAGGCUUGCUUUAUUUAACCCCCACCCCCCACCAAAAAAAAAAAAGGAAAAGAAAAUCAUAGUAACAGUGAUGAUGAUGAUGACAAUAAACCCAGAAGUUGAUCGAUCACAGCAUCUUCUUGUGGGGGGUUAUCCUUUGGAAUAGAUGAGACAGAGAGCAUUGCAGUCCUGAGAGCCUAAAAGAGAAAAAUGUCGUUAUGUUGAUGAUGUCACCUUGAUGUCAUGGUGAUGAUGUCACGAUGCAUAUUGGUGCUUUUGUGUCGAUGAGGUUUUUUUUUUUUCCUCCCCCAAAUUAAAAAGAAAAGAUGUUGAAGUAGAGAAAGGAACCAUGUGAGCUGAACUUGGAUGGAAUGUCAGAACUGCUUUCAUAUCUGACAAUAGGAUCGAUCCUGCAAAGGUGCCUAUCCUCUUCUCCAGAAUCCUGAGCACUUCUCCAGAGUAGCUCCUGAGGCUCAUUUCUCCAGGGCUGCUCCAUUCCACAUUCUGGAGGGUCAGACCCACUCCCUAUUUAUUGUCUUAAUUGCCCCAUGCUUAAAUUCAAAUGCACUGGAAGAAAUUUCCUUUCAAAUUGGAGAACUUCUUAAUAUGAAACCUGAUCAGUCAUCCCACCCGGAUGAAGAGCCUAUCUUGCAGGAAAGAAAGUCUCCUAGGGCAUCAGCCUGAAUCCAGGUGAAAGCUAACUUCAAACUCUGCACUUAUUUUGAUAUGUGGAUUGAAUUUCUCUUUUUCCCCCCAUCACAAUCUGAAUUUUUAAAAAGGAAAAGAAAUUAACUCUACAGUUGUAAAUCUAAGUUUUCCAGUAAAACAGGAUUUGGGAAGGGGAUACGUGCUGAGGCAUAUGCCCAACUUUUGAGAGAACUGAUGUGAGAUGGGAUUUACUGAGCUCCCUGCCCAUGCUUAAGGAGCUCAGAAGAAGAAAGGUUUGAAGAGGAGCAUUGCCAGAGAAACGGUUCAGUCACAGAGAGCAUGAAAAAUGCAGCAAUACAUAAUCUGAUGGGGUUAUUUUACUUCCCCCAAGCCUGUUUGAACUGUGACCUAACCUACAAAGCAUUGAAUCUGGAAUUUCUGAACUCCCUGUAUUGCUGAAAUCUAGCAAUUACUGUGAAUAUCUGUUGAUGAAGCAAAUAGCUUUGAUUAAACAAAUUUGUGUUGAUGUUUCUUCCAA